GAUGUGCCGGUGUCAGAACAAUUCCUGUCCUGGAGGAGGGUGUGCAACCUUCUUUAUUCCCCCUUCACAGACGUCCUUGAGCCCUUGAGACGGAUGUGAGCGAGUUUUUCAGUCCUCAUGCAAAACAACCAUCUAAACAUAACAGAUGACAUCAGCUCAGGCUUUUCAAUUCCUGGAUGGCAGCAGCGUGUUAAUCCAGCCUUCAUCCUGGAUUUCAUAAACUAAAACAAGAGCCUGGCAGGAGGACAGCGCUGCUGCUGGGUUGAGGAAAUUGAUGACGGGGAAGCAUGCGGGCAACCCAGUGUAUAAAACUCAUAAACGUGUAGGCAGACGCUCAGCUACCACUUUGGACGGCGGCUUCCCGCCAGCAGAGACCCCGCCGCGGGAAGCGGAGCCCGAGCCGCGGGAAACAUGAAGCGCCUCCUGCUGCUGGCCACGCUGCUGGUCCCCGCGCACCUGGCGGCGGUCUGGAGCCGCAAGUACGCGGUGGAUUGCCCCGAGCGCUGUGACAGUAGCCAGUGCAAAAGCAGCCCGCGCUGUAAGAGGACAGUGCUAGACGACUGUGGCUGCUGCCGGGUGUGCGCCGCGGGGCUGGGAGAAACCUGCUACCGCACAGUCUCGGGCAUGGAUGGCGUGAAGUGUGGCCCCGGGCUGAGGUGUCAGUUUUACAAUGAGGAGGAUGAUUUUGGUGACGAGUUUGGUAUCUGCAAAGAUUGUCCCUUCGGCACCUUCGGGAUGGAAUGCAAACAGAUUUGCAGCUGUCAGUCUGGCAUAUGCGACAGGGUGACCGGCAAAUGCCUGCAGUUUCCCUUCUUCCAAUAUUCAGUAGCCAAGGUUACCAACCAGAGAUUUGUAUCACACACAGAGCAUGACGUGGCAUCUGGAGACGGCAAUGCUGUGAGAGAAGAACUUGUGAAGGAGAAUGACGCCCGAUCUCCUGUAAUGAAGUGGUUAAAUCCACGCUGAUCCUGGGUGGGAUUUCUGAGAGAAGACCCUGUUUUAACAAUCAUUCAACACACAGCCAACAUUUUAGGAAUUCUCUGUAUUAUAACAUAUGGACAUAUGAUUUUUGGAGACCAAGUGUGAUUUAGGGUGGGUCCACAAAAAAAAAGUAGGCUACUAACAAUCCAUAAAAUGCAUAUGACUGAACUCUUUUAGAUAUUUGUUAAAUAUUUGAAUGCAUAUAGAUUUGUUAAAUAUGUGUUUUUAGUCGUAGUGAAGAACUAAAGAUGCAAUUUGGAUAACCUUAACUUGGAGGGAAAUCAGCCAAAGAGAAGGCUAGCCAAAGCUGAAGACCACAGCCAGUCUAUGGUUCUUUGACUCGAUGUACAUUAAUGUCCAGAUAUGGGCUGGAGAGAAUUAAGAGCAAGACAAGGUGGGGGUGGGGGCUGGGAGGGUAUGAUAUUUAGGUCUUCCUUUGGUAGCUUCAGUAGAACUUACUUGUGCUUUUUUUUUUUUUCACUUUGGAAAAAGUCAAAACAAAACAAUCCCUGAAGGAAGUGGGACGUUUGAAGCUUGUGGGACUUUGAGCAGCAGCCUUGAACUGAGGCAGGUUUCAAAGGAUGGCUAAUGUAGUUCCCAGUUUACCGCGUCUGAGGGAUGGUUCUUGGGUACAGGGCAAAUACACACUCCAUAAAUGGUUUUAAAGAAUGCCAUCUCAGAUUGAGAGUAAGGAAGUAUUUUGCCCACUUAGGAGAAGUGUAAAGGUAAAUAUUUAUGUAUAUUUUUAAACACUUGUUAGUACAAGUCAUCCUCCAUACCCAUAUUUAUCACUCUCUUGAGAAAAUAAGCAUAAUAUCGUUGUUUAAAAUGGUUAGAAUAAAAGUAUAAUUCUCUAAGCUUUUCAAACAUCCAAGGCAUGGUAAAUUUGUUAUCAAUAAUUAUAGUAAUAUUAACAGUAAGUAUAAGAGAAACCUGGAAAAAUUUGGUCCCCAUGGAUUUAUAAAAUGUCGAAACACAUGAGGGAAUUUAUUUAAAAGUAAGUGCAAUGAUUUAGAUGAGCUUUAAAUUUAAAGUAGAAAAUGCUUUUUAUUAAGUUUGGAAAAGAGUCAAUUUUCACAGGAAAUGUCAACUUUAAAAUAUAGUUCAUUUUAAUGUAUUUUUUUCUUUAAACUUGGGUGAUAAGUGGAAUUAUGAGUACCCUUGGAAGGAUCUUAGCACAAACAGGACUGUUGUACUAGAUUUUGUUAGGAAAUAUUUGCAGAAGUAUUUUAUUUGGAGUGAAGAAUUAUUUAAGAUUAUUUCACUAUUUGCCUGUAUUUUGUUCUCGAAGUUUGCCUACAGAGUUGUGAAUGUGUGUGUGGGAGGGUCUUUUAAUGUAAGCUGAAUAAGCUGUUUGGAUUUCUUUUAAAAAGACAAGUUUAUGAUUGUUCAAUAAAAAAAAACAAGACAGUCA